UUUUAAAAUUCAAUAAAAAAAUGUGAAAAUAAUGGAAACCACGGAAACGACGAGCUCGACGAAUUCCACCCUGGUUUCCAUGGAAACGACCCCGACGGAGACAAGUCUGAAAAAAGACAUUGAAAGAUUUGUGAAAUUUUUCUUGAUAAAAUCGACGCAAGUCAUCGUCACCUCGCGGAUCAAUGGGGGCAAGAAGGUCAAGACCGAGUGUCGACUGCCGAACAGUCUUCAGUUGGCGGAUUGGUUCAACCUUAACAUCCCCGACGAGGAACCCCCACCACCCCUCCCGCCUUCCACCCCCCCAGGAACCACCCCACCACCCCUUCCCCAUCGCACCAUCCUCCAAAACCUCCACCCCCAUUUAGGAAAAACCCUCCCCACCUAUUCAGUCACCAUAGAAACGUACCUAACAACGGAGGAUUUAACGAUUCCCCUGGAAAUUUGGAGGUUCCUUGUCGACGCCGGGAAUUUACAGUCCCCCCGCGACGUGUACAACAUUUACAGCCGCCUGGGACUCACGAUAAGAUCGGUGCUUUGUUUAACCCGAACCAUGCCGGGAUACAAAAUUGCUCGAAAGUCCGGUCCCGACGUUGCCAUUGGUUACGAAAUUAAAUCGGAUUUAACCGAUGAGGAUUUUACGGAUGAGAAAAUCGCGAGUCUUUUGGGGGAGGGAUUUAAAAAGGCUUUCCUGGGGCAGCAGGACCCCGGGACCACACCCACGGAUGACUCCUCCUCCCCUUCGGGGUCCAACACGACUUCUGUUGUGACGUAUAUAUUUCAUCGGACGAAAAUGGAGCUAUUUACCUCGCAGAAAGAGAGUUUAUUAAUAAAAUCGGAUCACUAUGGGGAUGGGAUGGUUGCCAUGGAAACGAAAGCCAAUCAAGUUCGGCCCGCGUUUGGGAGUAUGGAUCAAAUUAUUAGAGUUGACUGUGAUGAGGGGGAGGAGGAGGAGGAUGAUUUCUUCAAGAUGCUCAGGCCACCCCCCUCGACCCCACCGCAGAGCGAAGAAACAAUCAUUGUUCCCACCACCACACCCACCCCAAAACUCCCCCCACCCCCACCCCUCCCCCCACAGUAACCAUGGCAACCAACAACCCCACCCACAUCAUAACCCUCCCAUUUGCUACGCAUUUCCCAUCACCAAACCCCUUGGACACGCGCCACUCCCACUCCACACCCACCACGACGACGAACCCCACCCACUCGACGAAUUCCUCAAACACUUCCGAGUCUGAAUUACUAAAUUUAUUUGAAGAAUUCCGGAUCGCCCCGGUUACGCUGCAAGCUUUUGAUGAAAAUUGUAACCAUGACAACCAGGCGGGCGUGUUGUUAGAGCAAUUCGAAGGGGAAAUUGGUUUCUAUGAGGAUUUCUUCGGGAAAACUUUGUUGUGCGGGGAGGAGUGAUGUAUUUUUAUUUUUAUUUAAAUAAAAUAUCCAUGGUUACAAAA